AUGCAAAGUUUCAGCCCGAUCAAUUUAAAACUGGCAAAGUAUCAUACAAACUUUCACCCCCUAUUUUACCCACUACCUGCAUGCCGAAUUUCAUCUGCAUCGGUGUAAAACUGACAAAGCUUCAUAUAAACUUUCACCCCCUAUUUUACCCCCUUGGGGGUGGAAAUUAUCAAAAUCGUUUCAAAGCGGAUGCUUACGUCAUAACAUCUAUCUGUAUGCCAAAUUUCAACCCGAUCGGUUUAAAACUGACAAAGUCUCAUAAAAACUUUCAUCCCCUAUUUUACCCCCGAUCGGUUAAAAACUGACAAAGUUUCAUACAAACUUUCAUCCCCUUUUUUACCCCCUUGGGGGUGGAAAUUAUCAAAAUCCUUUCUUAGCGGAUGUCUACGUCAUAACAUCUAUCUGUAUGCCAAAUUUUAGCCCAAUCUGUCCUGCGGUUUGGGCUGUGCGUUGA